GUUGAAAAUACCCCUUGGACAGCAGAUUCUUAUUGACUAUUUGUCUCUUAAAAGACCUUCUUCUUUCCCAAAGCAACUUUUCCUCUCAUCUUUAUAUCACCGGCACGAUGGGCUCCUCAGGCUUGCGUAAGCAGCUCUUGUGCCAGAUCCUCGAUGAGACGGCAGACCGAAAACCGGACCAGUUAUUCUGCAUUCAUCCCAUCUCCUCCAACAUAUCACAGGGAUGGCGCAGGGUGACAAUGGCAGAUUUGGCUGGCGCUGUGAACUAUACCGCAUGGUGGAUUGAGAGAACCAUCGGCCGGGGCAACCCAUCCGAGCCGUUGGCGUAUAUGGGCGCAAGAGAUCUCCGUUACGCCACUUUUGCUUUCGCAUGCAUGAAGACCGGGCAUUCAGUGCUCUUCCCCUCUCCCAGAAAUUCCGAGACGGCGUUUCUGCAUGUCCUCAAUGCAACAAAAUCUUCCAAGUUUUUCUUCAGCGCAGACCAGCGGAAAGUCGUUGAAGAAAUUCAGCAGGCCAAUAAAAACUUGCAGUCGUGGGAGGUUCCCGGUCUGUGGGAAAUGUUCGACAAGAAGGUCGAUUGCUAUCCUUCUGUCAAACAAUACGCGGAUGUCGAGGACGAGGCACCAAUCAUCAUCCAUAGCUCGGGCACAACCGGAUUUCCCAAGCCAGUUUACUUGACUAACGGAUUCUGGUCUGUUAUGGAUAAUAACUCGGAGCUACCUAUUCCUGAAGGAAGGAAAGGAUCUCCGGUGAGCACUGUGAAGCCAGGAGGGCUCUUAUUUAUGAUGGCCCCUUUCUUCCAUUUGAUGGGUCUUGUUUGUUUUGUUGAAUCCAUCUGCCACAACACCCCCUUUGUCUUGAGCCCAGAGAAGCCGAUGACGGUCGAGUUGCUCGCUCGGAUCAUUGAUGAAACCCACCCUGUAACCAGCCUGCUUACACCCUCUGUCAUAGAGGACAUUGGAUCAUCCUCAAAGGGCAUGGACCUGUUGAGAAGAUUUGAGGUGAUUUUCUUCGGCGGUGCACCACUGUCUCCGAAGAUUGGUGAUAUAUUGUGUCAGGAUGUUAUGUUGCAGACCAUUCUUGGCACCAGCGAAGCUGGAUUUGUUGCAAGCCUGGCGCCCGCGGACAUGAAUGAUUGGGCAUGGUUUGAGUGGAAUCCGUAUGUUGGCAUCAAUAUGCAAUAUGCUGUAGAUGGAGCAUACGAGUUGGUGCUCCGCAGGACUGAAACCCGCGAUUAUAAUGCCAUUUUCCACACGUACCCUGAGCUCAAGGAGUAUCGGACCAAAGACCUUUUUGUUCCACACCCGACGAAGGCUGGUCUGUGGCGGUACCAGGGACGAUUUGAUGAUGUGAUCGUGCUCAGCAAUGGUGAGAAAUUCAACCCCAUUGAAAUGGAACAAGUCAUCGAGGGACACCCGCUGGUGUCCAAAGCGCUCAUCGUCGGCCAAGGAAGAUUUCAAUCAGCACUUCUUGUCGAGCCAAACUGGCACAAAUGGGCUGAGACUCAGGCCGAAGGCUUGCUCAUCGACAAGAUCUGGUCAAGUGUGCAGGAGGCGAAUAUCAUUGCGCCGGGUCAUGGUCAGGUGCUGAAAACGAAGAUUGGCGUAGCCUCCAAGGACAAGCCGUUCAAGAAAACCCCGAAAGGCUCGACUCAACGCCGACUCGUGAUCAAUGACUACACGGAGGAGAUCGAUGCGAUAUAUGACCGCCCAGAUGAAGAGUACAUAGAUGAGGUUCCCCAAGACGCUACUCUUGAGGACAUCACCAAGUAUGUCCAGCAAGCGGUAUCCCGCUUGCUCUCAGUCGAGCAAGUACCGGAGAAGAGCGAUAUUUUCUCCAUGGGCCUUGACUCGCUCCAGACACUUCAGCUGUCUAAGAUCCUGCAAGGGGCCAUUCGUUUUCUUCGACCGGAGGAUGCUUUGCUGUCGAUCCCUACCCAGAAGCUGUACUCGUAUCCAUCCGUUGACCAGCUCUCGAACUACGUCUACAGCCUCGUAAACGACGGGAGUGCUGGCACCGACCUGGACGCCGAGGACGAUUCAGCAAGAUCCGAAAGAAUUGCCGCCCUCAUUGAGAAAUACACCAAGGAUCUGCCAGAAAAUCAGGCCAGCAAAUUCAACCGGGACCGCAAACACGUAGCCAUUUUAACUGGCUCAACCGGCUCUCUGGGCAACUACAUCCUCAGCGAACUGACCUUCGACCCGACCGUCUCCAAGAUCUACUGUCUGAACCGGUCCGAAGAUGCUGAAGCCCGGCAAGUCCGCAGUUUCAAGGAAAAGGGCCUCGCGAUCCCGUCCGAUUUUUCCUCGCGGGUUGAAUUCCUGCAGGCCCGAUUUGGCGCGGAGAAGUUCGGACUUUCCGGCUCCAAAUACAAGGAACUCACGGAGUCGGUUGACACCAUUAUCCACAAUGCCUGGAAAGUCAACUUCAACCACAAGGUUGAGGCGUUCGAGGACACGCACAUCAAGGGUGUCCGACGGCUGGUCGACUUCAGUCUGGAGAGCACGCACUCAGCACACAUCCACUUCAUCUCAUCUGUGUCGACCGUUGGUGGCUGGACCUGGAAGCACGGCCCGUCGGUGCCUGAGUUCCCACUGGAGGAUCCUGACGUCGCGUUGCGACAAGGAUACGGAGAGUCUAAAUUCGUUUCCGAACGGAUCUGUGCGAUCGCUUCAGCUCAUUCCGGUGUGCCCACGAGCUUGUACCGUGUUGGACAGAUUGCUGGGGUGACCACGGAGAAGGGCGUCUGGAACAAACAAGAGUGGCUGCCUUCGAUUGUAGCCACCUCCAAGACCCUCAAGAAGAUCCCCAAGGAUCUCGGCUCGAUGCCGGUGGACUGGAUACCAGUAGACUCUCUCGCUAGAAUCAUUGUCGAUGUCACGCGAUCUCGACGAGAGACUGACAUCGCCAGCCGCACUGCAGCCUACAACCUGGUCAACCCAUCGUCAUCGUCUUGGAGCUUACUGAUCCCCCCGGCCCAGGCCCGGUACGCGGUCGAGCCGGUCGAGUUCGGUCAGUGGCUGGCCACCCUUGAGGCCUUCACCAACCCCACCGAGACCGAUUUUCAAGACAAGCCGGCGCUCAAGAUCCUGGACUUCUACCGUGGCUUGCAUGGCGGGCACGGCGAGGGCCUGGGUGCGCCCCUGCAGACGGCACAGACGCAGGCCGCCAGCGAGACGAUGCGGACCUUGAGCCCGGUGAAUGCGGCCCUGAUGGAAAACUGGCUGAAGCAGUGGAACUUUUGAAUGUAGACCAUACCAAUAUAGAUUUAGCAUAUAGACCAAGUCUUUAGUAGUAUGAUGAGCGCAAUGCGUGGGGUACUACCCAUCCAAUCAAGCAUACUUGCCUACUCAAAGGUGAUGAGCCCUUCAACAACCAACCACCCUGGCUCCCGGUUUGACUUUCUACAAACCCACGCAACGGGAAAUGGCGAAUGAGAUACCGUAGAUCCAUCAAAACCUGUCUAUAUAGAGCUUGAGA